CUGCACCGUUAGCAAGACAACAACAACAACGCAAGCAAUCAAGAUGGUUCAGAAGCUAGUGAUUUUAUCAGGACUCAUCGUGUCUGCGGCCUGUAUGGUCUUCCAUCAAGCGCCUAUACCUAUCUAUGUGCCCAUACAAUACGAGGAACCUGCACCCAACUAUAAUUUCGCGUACCAAGUCAACGACCCACACACUGGAGAUUAUAAAAGACUGCAUGAAACGAGGAAUGGUGGCAUCGUGCAAGGACAAUAUUCCCUGCUUCAGCCUGAUGGGAUCACCAGAACAGUAGACUACAGUGCUGACGACUUGAAUGGCUUCAACGCAGUCGUGAACAAUCAAGGUAGACCAAUCAGUGAAUCUACAGAAAGACAGAGUGAAAAUGAGACCGAUGAUGGUAGACAGGGAAAUGGAAGGUACAAUGGUGAGCAGUAUCGGCAAGGUACUAACGAACAGCAGGAGUUGGCACAAGGCCAGACUGCCAGACCUCUGACAGUGGAACGCACCGCUCUCAUCCACCACGUUUUGCGGCAGUAUCGUCACAAUGGUGAACAUAAUCUCUGAAUAUCUGACAACGACCUGUAAAUCUUUUCUG